AUGAAACUCGUGUACCCCUGGUUGAUCAGAGGCACGGGCUGGGUGCUCAAAAACCCAAAGCUGUUUAUAUUGGUGCCCAUCUUGUGCAUAUACAUCUUAGCCUACGGAGUUGUUCAUGAUCUCACGAUACGGCCAUUGAACAAGGCGCUAGCCUUGAGAAGCGACAGCGGGCCACUGCUUGAUUUUGCAUCGACCGAGACGAUUCGUCUGGCUCUUUCUUAUGGCAAUUGGCUGCUUACGAAGAUUCUGCUCAGUCUGGAAAAUGUGGUGAAAUUUGAUAGCCUCAAAGGGGUCCAUGCUCUCGAGGAAGCUCUAGUGUCACAGAACACACAAAAUCAAACAUCCUUUGUCGUGUCUCCGUUGGCCACAUGGCCCAAUAAACUGCUGCUGGCCCGGCAGUUUGAAGAAUCGGCGCUUCGAGCGCUCAACCAUAAGCAUAAACCAGAGUUGAUCAACUUGUUCUUCGAUGGCCUUCUGAAAAAGAACCACUUGAUUACUGCCGCUACAACUGUGAAUCUCUAUGUUGUUCACAAUGCGCUGCUACCGCCUUUGGAGGUGCUGCUGCCACUAAAGGUCCUGUUUUUCGAGACAUCACUCGCUACCAACGCCGCUACCGAGUUUCUCAAGUACUUUUCCUUUUUGAUAGAAGAUCUGCUACCAAUAAAGCUCUUCAAUCGCACAGUGGUGCUUGUGCAAAUGGCCCUAUGCAUCGCAUUUGUCUUCAGAGUAUACUUCUGCAUCUGCAACCAGCACAAAAUCCGCUCGAACAUCGGACUUGUUUGUGGCUGGCUCGUGGAGGUGACACUUGCUAGUGCUGCGGCCGUCCGGAUAUUGUCUUCUUACGGUGGCUUUCAAGAAUGGAUGUCAAUGUUUGGACCCGUGAGCUCGUACGGCGCAGGCACAUACGUUCUAGCGGUGAUGCUCUUCAGUUCUCGUACAUUGUUCCGUACUAUCAACGACUUUGCCGGUGACAACUCCAUGGAGGGGCACGAAACGCUCCACAAGCGCCUCAUUCGCUUUUACCUCGGCAUCAACAAUAGUGCUCGAAAUUCUUCCGACCUGAUCUAUAAGUUUACCCGCUUCGUACGCAAAUGGUGCUUUGUGGACAAGUUUCUGUCGAGCAUAGCACCCAUCCCGAACUCAUUUGUGGUUCUAUGUCUUAAUUUAUCGGGCCUUUCCCUAAUUUUCGGAUUUAUUUUUGCACUUUUGCAUAUCUUUUUCACUGGCAUUGCAUGGCAUGUUUUAGUCGAUAAGUACCGCUUGAUUCUUGAAGCUAUUGUGCUUGCAUUGGCUAUCGACCAUUUUCUUCAGCAGACAUUUUUAGUCGGCAUAAUAUUAAUUGAUCUUAACCGUGUUGAGCUCACGGACUUGCUCAGCAAGAACCCUAAUCUUAACGACCCAGAAUGGAACGAGUCUAAUGACACCAUGGGGGAAAUUGACCCCAUAUCCUCUUUCAUAUUGGGACUCACAGGUCCGUUGGCCCGUCCAAAGCCAUCUUCGCUCAGACAUAUUGUGGGCACACACAUUUUAAAGCUUUCGCCCGUGUCUUCUUCACGCUUCUGGCUUGGUGACGUAUUGAGCUUCUUUUUUUGGAAUUUUUUCUGCCAGGUUUUCAUAACACUUUUCGUGCUACCAUUUAAUUUACUCACAGAUGACGCCAAAGUGGUCCUCAUUGGCCAUCAAGCAAAAUGCAGACACUCCUACGAUUGGUUAUUUUACUUGGAAGUUGGCGCAACAAUACUAUUCAUAGUUGCCGUCUCGGAAUUGACUUUCACGCUUACAUACUCACAAAGACAGCGCAAAGAAAUCGACCCAACAGCAACGCUAGAAGCAUCUUCUCUGUUGGAGUAUACAGAGCUCGCUAAGCAGGAACAAACGAAAUACUUUGAGUGCAUCACUCUCAAUAAGGGACAUAACAUUGAUGUCAUCAAAAUAGCAACUAAUUCGAAGUCAUCGUUUUUGGUGUCCGCUGAUCUCGAUAGAAACGUCUUAGUUUGGUCGCCUUUGAGCGAGGCUGAAAAGAAGAAGCCCAUGAGUAUAUCUACCACCAUUGAUUCGCUCGAGGAACAGACUCACCCUAGGUUCUGGCCAGUCAAUCACAUUGAGAUUUCAGACGAGGGCAACUACAUCGUUCUCGUCAAUUAUCGUCAUUCUGUCAUCAAGUGUUUUGAGCGUGAGUCUCUUUCCUUCAUCUGGGAGAUCAACUUGGUAAAAGAAACGGGACUCUCGACCAAGGAGUUAAAACCCAUGUUGGCUUUUUUCCGUAAAAAGACAAUUGCAGGCUUUCUUGCAAGAAGACUUCUCAUGAAAAGGAGGAGUGGCUCUGAUGGCAGAAGGUCCAGUGUCAGCUCCACGGCCUCCUCAUCAACGAUCACAGGAAACUACCCACCGCCGCCACUUCCCAUUCAUGAAGACAAUGCAACUGAGAAUAAGGUAAAAGACUUUGAGCAAUCACUCAACAGAGACGAGUUUGUAAUGGUCUUCGAGAAGGGCCAUAUGAUCACUGUCAGUUGUACAGACCGCAAAGUUAGACACUAUACCAUGUUUGAGGAUGUUUACGGCAAAGACCUUGUUUCUGAAAAUCUUCGUGUGACCACAGCAAAACAGUUAACCACCUCUAGAGUCAGCGACCGUAUUAUAUGUGACUUGGUCAAUGGUGAUAUCAUAAUUGCAUCGGCGGUGAACAAUGUGUGGAAGUUUUCCAGAUUGAAAACCAGUAAGACUCUGUUCAACAGCAGACUGAACCAGGUGCUUCCUGCGCCAGCCUCUGCUAUGGGAAGAACCUUCAGUUCAAUGGAUACGGAUUUUCUGUCUAUCUUCAAGCAGAACUUCUCAAACUCACGCCCCACCGAAUUUCCUACACCCAAGAGGAGAUUUGCACCCAUCAACCAUUGCACCAUUGAAACCAUUGACUUUGUCGGGAUGGUUGUAAGAGUGAGAGACUUAAAGGCAGAGCUCUUGGAUACGCAAACGGGAAUCAUCAUCAAGACAUUCUUCAUUGGUCACUUCAAGCCCGGGUCAUUCAGAGUAAUCCAUUCAGAGCCCACACAUUGCAAGUUCUGUGGCUGUGCUUCUGUUGAGACGUUGUCGUUGGUAUACGAAGACUUCUACGACCCUACACUCAUUGUACAUACGUUUCUGUUAGAGAACAGGAAGUCGAGGAACAAUAUCUGUCUUCGUGUGGAAAGAGACCCUCGAGAGAUUCGUUGUCUUGGUUUUGACGCCACCACUGAGAAACAGUAUUGGUACCACGAUAUUGAGAAGUGGGAGGUGACAGACAUGAAUGUGGUGAUGGGCAUCAGACGAGCAGACGCAAAGAACUCUGAUGAGAGUGAGGUGAGAGAGGAGAUAGUGGACCGCAAGUCUGAGGAGCUUCUGCUGUUGAGGAAGCGCAAAAGCAAGGUUCCCAGUGCUCCUGAGAAGCCGAAACUCAACGAUCUUUGGCAAGGGUUUGUGGUCACGGUGCUGAACGGACAGCUUCUCGAGUACAAAAUUCCGUUCGGAGAAGACGAGGACGAGGCCGAGUUUGCAUGCGUCCGGCCCAAUGUGAUCGCAAAAUACGGAUACAAGGCCGUUGCAAUUGCAUUUGGACGCAAGAUUAAGAUUCUCUACUUGGGAGGACGCAAGUUGAUCGAAAGCGACUUAUACUACAAGGGCAGCACCAGCUCGCUCAAGCCGAUCUUGCAGCCGCUGGAUGCCGCGGUGAACCGAAACGAGUUGUUGUUCAUCAAUAAACGGCGCCGUAUGCUUGAAAGACGGAAGAAAAAAGAGCCUGAAUACUAG